AUGGCGACCAUCGGCGUCGUCCUCCUGCUCCUCCUACUCACACCCACACCCUUUCUGGUGGCCGCCAAUUUCUGCGACAACGUCAAGGCAGCCGCCGCCGCCCUCUCCAAGAACGUCUCCUCCUCCCCGGUAAACUUCGCCACCGCCACCUUUGGCCAGCCCCCCGACAUCGUCUACGCGCUCGCGCUCUGCCGCGCCGGUGACGUCGUCGACGGCUCCGCCUGUGGUGACUGCAUCGCUAACUGGUUCGCUACAGUAAACCAGACGGAGUGCCACAAAUUCCGCUCCAGCCUCGGCGACUGUAUUGUCGUCUACAGCGACGGCGACGACAUCCUAGGGCCGCCCUCAAAUGCCACGGGAGGAUCCGGUGAGAACACGGAGCCCUUCGAGCAGUGGAACAUCACGAACGUCACCACCGGCGACGUUCCGCUCAUCGUCGGCCUCACCCGCAAGUUGCUGGUCGAGACAGCAGAGAAGGCGGCCAGCACCACGCCGAGCCGGUACGCCACUGGCGUCAUAGACAUGGACAGAGUGACGACCUACCCGAAGGUGUACUCCCAGGCGCAGUGCACGCCGGACGUGUCCGCCGAUGACUGCUUGGCGUGCCUCCGCCGUCUCCUCGGGAUGGUCAACUCCAGCAUGUCCCUGCGCACGGGUGGACAGAUGGGUAUCACGCGGUGCUAUUUCAGGUACGAGGCUUAUCGGUUCUACGGCGCCCAACCCAUGCUGACUGUGCCAAUGCCGCCACCGGCGCUGGUGACCAAAAACAGGAGCAUGUUGUGGGCAAUUCUCGCAGUUGUAGUUCCUCUUUCGGCAGCAGCAUUUCUAUUAUUCAUCUGUUACUCUCGUCGGCUCAGAAGCCAAAGAAAAGGAUCAAGACGUGAUUGGAAUUUAAAGGGAGAUCUAGUUUGGCAAGGGAAAAAUUCGGAGUUCUCUUUGUUUGACUUUCACCAGCUAGUGGAGGCCACAAACAGUUUUUCAGAAGAAAACAAACUUGGACAAGGUGGCUUUGGCGCUGUCUACAAGGGCAAACUUCCGGAGGGAUUGGAGAUAGCAGUCAAGAGACUGUCUUCACAUUCUGGACAAGGUUUCAUGGAGUUCAAAAAUGAAGUCCAACUCAUAGCCAAACUCCAGCACACAAAUUUGGUUAGGCUCUUGGGAUGUUGCCCUCAAGAAGAGGAGAACAUACUGGUUUAUGAAUACUUGCCAAACAGAAGUCUGGAUUUCUUCAUCUUUGAUGAGAAUAAAAGAUCUUUAAUGGUUUGGUCAAAACAUGUAGCAAUAAUUGAAGGAGUAGCACAUGGACUUCUUUACCUACAUAAGCACUCUCGUCUACUUGUCAUACACCGAGAUCUUAAACCAAGCAAUAUUCUCUUGGACUACGAAAUGAAUCCAAAAAUUUCGGAUUUCGGGCUAGCAAAAAUACUGAGCUCAAAUGACACUGAAGGAAAUACCACAAGAAGAGUGGUUGGCACAUGUGGCUACAUGUCCCCAGAGUAUGCUUCAAAGGGCAUCUUCUCAACUAAAUCCGAUGUCUUCAGCUUUGGUGUUGUCAUUUUGGAGAUCCUUAGCGGAAAACAGAAUUCUAGUUACGAACACUAUGGAGGCUUCAUCAAUCUUCUCGGAUAUGCAUGGCAAUUAUGGGAAGAUGGAAAGUGGGCUGAUCUCGUUGAUGCACCAUUGCUACCCGGAAGUCACUCGGCAAAGGUGAUGAGAUGCAUUAACAUAGCAUUAUUGUGUGUACAAGAGAAUGCAACUGAUAGGCCAACCAUGGGAGAUAUUGUUUCAAUGCUAAGCAAUGAGACUAUGAUCUUGGCUGAGCCUAAGCAGCCAGCAUAUAUCAAUGUAAGGGUGGGAAAUGAAGAGGCGUCCACAGCUCUUGAGCCAUGCAAUAAUAAAGAUAUGCCCAUGUCUGCGAAAGUUCCUAGAUAG